CGCAAAUGUUUGUUUUUGUUUUCAAACAGAAUUCCAAUUUUUUAAGAUUAUUUUAUAUUUGUUUUUAAGUGUUUAAAAUAAUUAAUUGUGAUGUCGAAUUAUGAUUGGGAUGCUCAUAACCGAAGAACGGUUUUGGAAGGAAGACAAAUCCUUGAAAGAACUUCAGCAAGUAUCGCGAGAAGUAAUCAAAUUGCGAUUGAAUCAGAAAAUACUGGGACUGAAAUACUAUCAGAGUUAGACACCCAAAGAGAAGCACUGAUAAGAACAUCCGAGAGACUUGAUAAUGCAAAUGAUGGAUUAUUUGAAAGCAGGAAGAUCCUGAGUUUUCUCAACAACUUUUAUUUACAACUUUUGAUGUUGAAACAGUUUCAAAUUAUUCGAAGGAUGUCUUCUGUAGAUAUUGCAUCAUUGCGCAUUAAAUAUAAAGAGAAACGAGAUAUCUUUCGAGAAGAGUCAAUAGAUAAGAAAGAUCCGAUUGAUUUAUUUGGAAAAUGGCUCAACGAAGCUACAAAGACUGAAGAAAUACUUGAACCAAAUGCAAUGUGUCUUGCCACAGUGAGCAAAGAUGGAUUUCCAUCAAAUCGUUAUGUGCUACUAAAGAGUGCGGAUCAAAGAGGAUUUACAUUCUUCACUAAUUAUGCAAGUCGUAAAGCAGAUGACAUGGAAGUUAAUCCCAAUGUUGCCGUCGCUUUCUAUUGGCUUCCGUUAAGACGAUCUGUGCGUAUUGAAGGAAGUGUCACAAAAAUAAGUCACGAAGAAUCUAAAAGUUAUUUCCACUCGCGACCUCGUGCAAGUCAAAUUGGAGCACUUGCAAGCCCACAAUCUCAAUUAAUUCCAAGUCGAGAACACAUUGACAUUAUAGAAGAAGAAAUUAAGCAAAAAGUGGGAGACUCUGGUGUUGUUCCCAUGCCAAACUGGGGUGGCUAUUUGAUUACUCCGAGGGCAAUUGAGUUUUGGCAAGGUCAAACAAAUCGACUGCACGACAGAAUUCGCUUCCGCAAGAGCGAUGAAGAAGUCAACGACAAAUUGGUUCAUCGUGGUGAAAAUGGAUGGGUUUAUGAACGUUUAGCUCCAUAAAAUGAUGUGGACACUUCGUUUCCGUUUGCAUGAUUGAUGAGUUGAAUUAUUGAUCCAAUAUUUUAUUUGUGGUGGUUUGAGAAUGUUACAUUAUGUGUACUGAUUUGCCAAAUAUAUAAGAUAUACAAAAAGUGUUGAAUAUCAUA